AUGCGAUCGUUUUCAUUGUUUCACGACAGAUGUCAUCCGUAUCUAAGAGAAUCAGAUUGUCCUAUUCGAGUGCUUUUAAAUGAUCCAACAGACAGAUGCACUUUGUUCGUUCGCAUGACAUCAGCAGCUGCUGCAACUAUUCGCCGUAUCCCACCGCCACGUGUUUAUGCAUCGAUCAAUCGUCGCCGAUCGACUACUGGUGCAGGACAAACAGUAGUGUACGAUAGUGAUCAUGAUCAUCAUAAAUGUUUAAUUGAAGAGAAUGAACUACGCGAAUCGAAUCGACGGCAACUCAUUCGAAUUGAACUACUCGAACGAGACUAUCGACAACUAGAUGAUGAUAUUGCUCAAAUUCAAAUAGAACGUGAUCUUCUCAUAAAACAGAAACAAUUAUUAGAAGAAGAACUUGAACGUUCAUCGCAUCAUGCCUCAGCUAAUGUAGAUCUUCAUGUAUACACUCAACGACUAGAAAAUGAAUGUCGAGAUCUACGUUGUCAAUUAAUUCUACGCGAUAAGGAAAAACUCGAGUUGAAUGAUCUCAUUUCAGAUUUAGAAAUACAAAUAAAAGGAGCACAUGAUCGACAAGAAGAAUGGCGAGAGACGUGUGCGCAACUGGAAUCUUUGGUAGAAGCAGAAAAGGAAAAUCGGCAAUGUUUGGAAGUUCAAUUGCAAAACACAAAUCUUCGUCAAAAAGAGAAUGAAAAUCAAAUCCUUCGUUUACAAAACGAUUUAGAAGAGAUUCUGUCAGCAAAACAAGAAAUAGUGAAAUCAAAUUAUGUUCUCGUUCAAAAUGCUGAAGCACUUCGCGAGGAACUUCGAUUAGCACGAACGCACGCUGCUGAAGUUCAAAUGAUUUGUCCUUCAUCAAGCACAUCGUUUGACGAAUUCGAUGAAUCAUUGCCAUGUCUUAUCUACGAUAUGAACGAUGAUGAUGAUACACCUGAUUGUGAAAAUAAUCACUUAGAAAAUUGUCAAUCCUCUCUUUUCAGUGAAAUUAACUCAUUAGAAACGAUGUCCUAUGACACAAUAACGAAAUGUCUUGAUGGUACUGCAAAUGAUAUUGAAUUGGACUUACUUCUAGCAAAAACAACAACACUUUCAUCGUCACUUUCAUUACUGAAUGAACUAAUCAAUGAAGUGAAAUCUCUGCGUAAAUAUUUCAUAAGCCAACAAAAUGAGGAUGGCUACUUUGAACAAGAACGUUUGACAACCAUGAAGAGUUUGUUAAAACGCGUUUUGGAUAAUGUACAAGUUUUUGAUACGAGAUUUCGUAAAAUGCAACUGCUAUUGAUCGCUGGUCGAGAACAACAGCAGUGUCGUCAAGCUGAACUUGAUGAUUUCUUUCAUUUGGUUGAUAAACAUUUGAUGCAUAAACUGGAAGAAUCAUCGAAACCACCACAUCGGCUUGUGUCAAUUCUUGAACUGUACCAACAUGAACUCGAUCGUUUACAGCAAAUGAUUCGUACAAACGAUGAUACCAUUCGUUCAUGUGAGCGACAACUCGUCGAACAACAGAGUGCAGCAAGUCGAUGGCGAAUGGCAAAUACAUUUUUAGAAAAAAAUCAACGAAAACUUCUGGAUAAAAUCAAAGAAUUAAAUAGCGAACGUCGACAAUUGAUUGAAUCAUCAACACAAAAACGAACACGUCGGCGUGUGGUACCAGCAGUUCUUGUAGAUCAACAGCAACAAACAGAUCUACCAGUUGUCGUAUCUCGCCCAACUGAACCAAUCGUUCAUCAUCGUCUGACACGUACUCGUUCGUUACCAUUAUUGAAAUCUUUGGAUCAUGGUCGAAAAUCUCGUAAUGAUUCCGGGGUCGUUCUAACAGAUGACAUUUUUACUCUUCACUCUUUACCAACACUUUACAACCGACGUCGAAUUAAGUCCGGCGCAAACAAUCACCUCGUUGUGCAUACAUCUAGUCAUGUAUGUUUUCAAAAAACAAAUCAUCUUUACUCUUCCAAGAAACAAUUCGUGCGUCGAUCGACUCGAUACCAUUGGUUUUUUCUUCUAUUUAUCUUCGUGUCAAUAGUUCUCUUCUCAUGGAUGAAAUUCUUGCCUUUUUUUUCAUAA